AUGGCCUCAUGGAAGAAGACCAUUGCCACCCCUUUCAAAAAGGCGUGCACUUUCUUUAACCAGCAACCCCCGAGGGACCAUAAGAAGUCUCAAACAGAGCAAGAGAACCGGAUUAUGGAUCUGCAAGGUGAAGUCAUGGCAUGUGGCUAUGAAGAUGUUCAAGUUAUGUGGUCAAUUCUUGACAAGUCAAAAUCUUCAGCCUGCAAUAUAACAUCAUCAUGA